AUGUCUACCCGUACCGCUCCUCCUACAACUGCCAACUCAUUUGACACCUUCUCUGCAAACAUCUCCCGUGGUGUCAUCUCCUCCUCCACCUCAACGAACAACAAGUCCACCCAUGGCUUCAUCGACGGUAUGCCUCCCGCGCCGCCUCCAUCACCGGUCAGCUUUGCCAUCGGCAGCAAUGGUGGGAGAAUCCCCCAUAUGGAGCAAAUCGUUCGGUUGAGCCUUGAGUAG